CUUUAACAGUCUUUUUUCUUUGAGUUCACUCACUUACUCGCUGACUGUCGUAUCACGACAUUCUUUUUAACUCAAAACACCAAUUCACAUUCACUCCACCACAUCAGCUCAGUCUCCGAUAGCGGAUACAGAUUCAAGAUGAGCAGCUCACUCGUUACCAAGACGGCCCUCACGGCAGCCACCCGCGCUGCCCCCCGUGCCGCCCUCGCCGUCCCUCUUUCCCGUCGGGGCUUCGCUUCCGUUGCCCCCGUCACUGGCACCUCCCGCUCGCACCGCAUCGUCGUAGUAGGCGGUGGUGCGGCCGGCCUAUCCAUCUCUCACCAGCUCCUGCGCACCGGCAAGUUCUCGCCCGAGGAGAUUGCCGUCAUCGAUCCGGCUCAGUACCACCACUACCAGCCCGGCUGGACGCUCGUCGGCGGCGGGCUCAAGGACCCCCUUUCUCUGCGCCGCGACGAGGCUUCCCUCAUCGACCCCAAGCUCAAGUUCUACAACCAGGCUGUUUCUCAGCUCUCCCCCGAGACGGACUCCGUCACUCUCGCCAAUGGCGACAAGAUCGGUUACGAGCACUUGGUCGUUGUUCCCGGUAUCGAGAUCACCUACGACAAGAUCAAGGGUCUGCCCGAAGCGCUCGCUGACCCCAGCGCCCCCGUGUCGACUAUUUAUGGCGCUCAUACCGUGAGCAAGGUUUUCCCCACCAUCGAGAAGCUCAAGCGCGGCCAGGCCAUCUUCACGCAACCCGCUGGUGUCAUCAAGUGCGCUGGUGCCCCGCAAAAGGCCAUGUGGCUGGCUCUGGACCACUGGAAGCGCGCGGGACUUUACAACCCUUCCAACCCCUCGUCAGGCGCGAUCCAGAUCGCCUUCGCGACCGCUUUGCCGGCGAUGUUUGGCGUGCCAAAGUACUCUGCUCGCCUGGAGGAGCUGCGCAAGGAGCGCGGCGUGGAGGGUCUUUUUGCGCACGAUCUUGUGGAGGUCAACGGCAACAAGGCUAUUUUCGCCAAGGGCGAGGAGAAGGUUACGCGCGAGUUUGACCUCUUGCACGUCGUCCCCAAGAUGGGCCCCUACGCCUUUGUCAAGAACAGCGCGGUGGCUGACGCGGCUGGUUUCGUCGAUGUGAACCAGGCUACUACCCAGUCAAACAAGUUCAAGAAUGUGUGGUCGGCCGGUGACGCUUCGAGCUUGCCUACUUCCAAGACUGCGGCGGCUAUCACUGCGGAGGCCCCCGUUCUUGUCGGCAACCUGCUGAGGAGCCUGGAGGGCAAGGAGCCGGCGCUGGAGUAUGAUGGAUACACUUCGUGCCCGCUGGUGACCGAGUAUGGCAAGGUCAUGUUGGCCGAGUUCAAGUAUGCGGGUGUGCCCAAGGAGACGUUUGGUGGACUGCCCAUUGUUGGUGGUGCCUUGGAUCAGGGAACCCCCAGACGGGCCUUCUACCACCUGAAGAAGGACUUCUUCCCUUGGGUGUACUUCAAUGCCAUGGUCAAGGGCACUUGGGGCGGUCCUAAGGGGUGGAAGUUUUAGAUGGACGUUGAUGAGAAAAAGCAAUGGAGUUGGGAUAAAUGGAUGGGUUCGGAAAAGCGACAGGGAUAGAUAAGUACAGUAAUGAUACCUCUUGUUUUGAUACUUU